UUAAUAAAUAGGAAAAAGAGAUAACAAAAAGAAGAAAAGUUACCCCUCGGGCGUCGACGUCGGGAUUCAGGACGAAGAUAGAGAGAGAGGCGGAGAGGGUUUGAAACUUUGAAGCUCAGCUGAUCGCGAAUUAGGAAUUUCUUCCAGACUGCUUAAAAAGCGUAGGCGUCGAUGGAGGUACAGACAUGUGGUAAGCCCAUUGACUCGUUGCUCGAGAAGGUGCUCUGUAUGAACAUUCUAUCUUCGGACUACUUCAAAGAGCUUUACCGGUUAAAGACCUACCAUGAAGUUAUUGAUGAAAUUUACAACCAAGUAGACCACGUUGAGCCAUGGAUGACCGGGAAUUGCCGGGGGCCGUCCACCGCUUUCUGUCUGCUUUACAAGUUUUUCACCAUGAAGCUCACCGUUAAGCAAAUGCACGGUCUCUUAAAGCAUGAAGACUCUCCUUACAUAAGAGCGGUUGGGUUCCUCUACUUGAGAUAUGCUGCAGACCCGAAGACUCUGUGGAAUUGGGUUGAACCCUACAUUAAAGAUGAGGAGGAAUUCUCUCCUGGUUCCAAUGGACGAACAACAACUAUGGGUGUAUAUGUGCGCGAUUUGCUUCUUGGACAGUACUAUUUUGAUACCCUUUUCCCCCGUAUCCCUGUUCCUGUGUUGCGUCAGAUUGUAGCUCAUCUGGAGAAGAUGAAACUCCCCACUAAACUUUCUGGCAUUACAGGGGAAGCUACCCGUCAUGGAUCUGAUGACACAGCCCGACGCCCACCUUCUGUGAAAGCGGCACUUUCAGUUUCCUUUGGUCAACGUGCCCCACAUCGUGCUUCAACAAGGGACUCAUCACCUGUUCGUCGUACGUUACCGCCACCACCACCUUAUGACAAAGCCAGCAGUGAUGAUCUACGGACCCAUCGCAGCCAGAGCCGUGAGUAUUCUGACAGAGAAUAUUUGGACAGGGACAGGGACAGGGACAGAGGAAGGGACCGGGAUCGGAAUCGAGAAAGAGAAAGAGAAAGGGAUAGUGAUCGGGAUCGAGAAAGAUACAAGGAACGGGAGCGGGAUCGAGACAGAGACAGAGCAAGGGAGAGAGUUAGGGAUAAGGAAAGGGAGCGAGAGAAAGAUAGAGAACGCAGUUCUGAUUAUGAUCGGAGGUCCAAAUAUACAGAGAGAGAUAGCCGAAGAGACCAAUAUGAGAGUAGCCGUGAUGGCGGUAGACAUUACCGUAGGAGUAGGAGUCGGAGCCGCAGUAGGAGCAGGAGUAGAAGUAGGAGCUUGCAAGCUGGCGCUGCACUUCGUUCGAGUCCACAAAGAGAUGUAAACAAGGAUAGAACAUCUGCAUCUAGCAAUCUGGCAAAACUUAGGGAUCUUUAUGGUGAUAUAAGUGAACAAAAAGGGGAUGCUAGUAUGGAUAGGAUUUCCAGGAUUGACAAUGGUGGUGAAGAGGUGAUUAGACUUGGUGGUUCUCGAUGGAAAUAGCAUCAAAAGGUGGUUUCUUCUAUCUGAUAUCACGUUGUUCAAGUCUGCUGGCCAGAUGCUCUUUUGAUCAUCACAAAAAAGAAGAAAAUAUUUCCCCUUGUUUUUCUUCCAUCUGCAGCAUGCUCAUGUCGCACUGCUGCAUGUAUACUAAACAUUAUUCAGAAUUUCAAUCUUACAAUUUAUUCACAUGCUCCAUUGCUGGGCAUAUGUUAAGUUUGUAACAUUAUGUAAUAACUAAAGUCUUUCAUUAUCAUCUAAAGUUUUCCGAGUUCUGUUUGUGUUAAA